AUGGCGGGAAGGCGAAACCGUACAGCUGUUUUAGUGCACGAAGAAGACGAAAAUCUAGUGGAAGAGCUUAAGACGAGGAUAAAUGACUUACCUACUCAAGACGAUUCCACCAAGUGUGAAGGGCUUAUUCGAGAGCUGCACAAAAGGGUCUUGGCAGUUAAAAAACCAGAAGCUAAAGAUCAGUUGCUUACUGAACUGAAAACUGUUUCCAGCUGUGGAUUGAGCGAGGAUCUGCGGGAAAAGAUCACAAAGAGCGGUCUUGGCUUAGAAGGACUUGACCUUGUGUUGAAAUACCGGACGACGACUACAGAACUCGCCCAGUACCUGUUUGCAAGUUCUGAUGAAGAUGUCAAAAACGAUGGUCUUGAGGUUCUAAAAAGGAGGCUAGGACCUAGUCUAGAAGUUCUGGGUGGAUUGACCUCUAAAGGAAUUGAUGUGAACAAGGAGUGGGCCAAAAGGCUAAUCGAAGAAGUGCCCUCUCUUCAGAUACUUGCUCGUAUUUCCAUCAGCGACCUAACCAGAUUGUGCCAGCAGGAAGGCGAAGGGGGAGCUAGUCCUGGAGAAAUGGAUGUAGUUCGUAAGCUUAUAAAGGUAGCUGAAUCCCGUACUAGAAAAGCUUCUGCCAUUGAAGAAGAACGAGAUCAACGGAAAAAGGGAGAAAAACCCAUUGACGAAGAAAAAUUGGAGAAGGCCAGGGCACUGAUGAACGAGGCAAAAGCUGAAGCAAAAAAAGGCAAGGAUGAAGCUGAAACGGCUGUUAAAGAGAAAAUGGAUGAAGUCGCAAGAAUCCUUAAGCUGCCGUCUGAUUGGUCCAAACAAGAGAAUGAAAAGAAACCGGAAGAACUGUUUGAACACUUGGACAGUAUAAUUGAAAAGUUUGACAUCGUUGAAGUGGGUGAAUCUUACAAAAGCGACUUUGAAGUGGUGGAGAAAGCCAGCGGCGGCCGUGCUCUCUGUGCCAUCUAUUACUCUAAGAUUGAACCGACACGUACAGCUGAAAGACCGCUCAUAACCAUGCCUGCAAAAGUGAAACUUUGCAGCCCUAACAAUUCUCAGCAGAUUAGAUACUUAAAAUUCUCCGAAAGAAGGGCUGCUGCGAAAUACGUUCAAACUGUCAAAUCUUCAAGCACGAACAUUGGUUAUAGUGUUGGUGGAUUUGCUUCACUUUUUGUUGGCAACGUAAGCGGAGGCUACGGUUCCAGUCAAGAGGAAGGAAAUGUCAGUUCAAAAAAAGCAAACAUAAACAGUGCCUCUGUGUUGCAGUACAUUUGGAUUGCGAAAAAAACGUUCAAGUUAGGUCGAGAGCAGAUGAGGCUGUCUAUGAGUGCAAGAAAAAUGGCAAUGUCUAUCAUCAGUGCAGGCAGAUCUCGAAAAGCGCCAAGAAGCUGCUCGUAG